AUGUCGUUCAAGGUCAAAGCCCUGUACGACUAUGUCUCUGGGCACGAGGAUGAUCUGGGUUUCAACGUAGGCCAGAUCAUCACUGUGACUGAUGAGGAGGACGACGACUGGUACGGUGGCGAGUAUGUCGAUGAUUCCGGCACGAAGCACGAGGGUAUUUUUCCCCGCAACUUUGUCGAGAAGUACGAGCCCACUGCCCCGCCUCGACCGACCCGACCGCGGUCCAAGAAGGGUUCCGAGCCAGGCCCGGCUCCCGCUGCUGUUGCCCCUCCGCUUCCGGCCCCCGCACCAGCACUAGCACCUGCGCCCGCGCCCGCUGUUGAGUCGCCGAGGGAGGCUACGCCAGAGCCCGAAGAGACGACGCCCGAGCCGGCCCCUGUGGCUGCCAGUCCGCCAACUGAGACCUACUCGGCACCCCCGCCUGCUCCAGCUCCAGCACCCGUGGCAGAGCCCCCGGCGCCGAAGCAAGCUCCUGCCCCGCCUGCCCCACAACCGGCCGCGGCCCCUUCUGCCAGCUCACCGCCCGCCCCGGCCGCAAAGCGCGCACUUCCAGGCCCGAAGCCGGGUGGUCCACCUCCCGUGUCCGAGAAGCCGACUGGUAAUGCUUUCAAAGACCGCAUCGCAGCAUUCAACCGAGCUGCCGCGCCCCCUGUCGCGCCCUUCAAGCCGAGCGGCCUGAGCUCCGGCGGCUCCGGGUUCAUCAAGAAGCCCUUUGUAGCACCCCCGCCGAGCCGAAAUGCAUAUGUUCCGCCGCCAUCGCAGGCCCCCGUGGCCAAGCUGUACCGCCGAGAUGAAGAUCCGGAAGUAAAAGAGCAGGAAGCCGAAGUACAGGAGAACGCGACCAAGGCAGGGUUCGCCCCGCGGCCCACUACAGCCGAGGGCGAUGCGGCCGACGAUGAGCCCAAGCCCAUGAGCUUGAAGGAGCGUCUGGCCCUUCUGCAGAAACAACAGAUGGAGACGGCUGCCCGGCACGCUGAAGCUGCGUCCAAGAAGGAGAAGCCCAAGCGGCCGCCCAAGAAGCGUCUCGACAGCCAAGACACGGUCGAAGGAAGCGAGGCUGCUGUUGAGCGUACCGAGGAGGCCCCGAGGGCAUCUAUCGAUGAAGCCGCGCCCUCGCGCCAGGCCCACCCCCCGAGACGGAGGUCUUCCAAGGGCCCCGAGCCCCGUGAUGGCAACGAAGCUGAUAUGUCCGGUGCGGGCGAGACCACAGAAGGCCAGGAUGACCUCACCGAGAAGGAGGACAGCGACAGCAGACCCCGACAGGCAGCCGGUGUCUCCAAGCCAGAGGACAAUGAUCGGAUAGAGGAAGAAGAAGACGAAGAAGAGGAGGAGGACGAGGAGGAAGAGGAAGACGUCGACCCGGAACUCCGUCGCAGAGAGGAGUUGCGCGCAAGAAUGGCCAAGAUGUCGGGUGGCAUGGGUAUGCCGGGCAUGGCCAUGCCCUUGUUUGGUGCUCCGGCCCCGGUGCUGCCCAAGAAGAAGAAGGCUGCGCAGGAGAAGCGGGUCGAGGAACAGCCCGAGGAAGUUGCUGCGCCGGCCGUGCGAGCACCUCCCGUUCCCCUGCCUGGCAUGAUGCGACCUCCUGUCCCAGAGGCCAGACAUCAGCCAGAGCAGGAUGAACAGGAAGCAGAGGCGGACGAGGAAGAGGAGGAGGACGAGCGCGACCUCAGAACUCCGCAUCAGGAGGCUGCCCCGCCAGUGCCGUCGUCGGAACCAGGAGCACCUCCUCCUAUUCCUGGCGGGCGCCCGGCCCCGCCUCCUGUUCCUGCGGAUUCACGUCCGCCACCGCCGCCUCCAACAGCAUCAGCUGCCGCGGUCCGGUCGCCUAGUGAAGGAUCGGUAUCGGACGACGAGCUGUCAGAACGACCCCAGGAGGAGCUUGAUUCUUCACGAGGGGAUCUAGGCCCGGCCACCCGCGCCCCGCCUCCUCCACCUCCGCCUGCCACAGCUGCUCCGCCGCCGAUUCCCACAUCGCCGAGGAUAUCGCAGGACCGCCGCACAUCGUACGUGGAUGAGGCCGUCCCGUCUUCCCCGCGAGAGAACAAGCGCAGUAGCCGGCCACCUCCGCCUAUCCCGGGUUCUCCUCCGGCGCUCCCGCCUACUCAGUCACGACCCCCUCCUCCGCCUCCUUCGGCUGCUCCGCCACUACGUGGUGUCUCGACCAGCGAGUCCAGGGCUCCGCCGCCUCUUCCUCCCCCGCGGAAAGACAGUGUUGAGGAGGAAGAGGAGGAGGAGGAGGUCACCGAGUAUGAGGGCGACUACGACACGGACAUCGCAUCCUCUGUUCCUCACAAGGACGCCCUCAAGGCGCACCAGCGUGAGUCGAGCUUCGAGGAUGUGGUAUCGCCGCGGUCUCCCACUACGGAAGCGCCACCUCCCCCCGUUCCGGUCGCUUCACCUCCCAGGGCUGGCCCGCCCCCCAUCCCGUCGCAACCGCCCCCGGACAGCCGGAAGUCGGUGGACAUGCCUCGGAUGGCCCCACCCCCUCCUCCUCCGCCCAAGGAGACACCUCGCUACGACGACGACGAUUACGACCCGUACAACUACACCUCAUCUUCACUCGCUGGUGCUCCACCACCUGUGCCUUCGUUCCCCGCGCCGUCGGCCUCACCGCAGGUCAAGCAGGAGGAGUUCUUCUCGCAGGAACCGACACCUUACGGACAAACCCCACGAUCCCCCCCUCUUCCUCCUCCCCCACCGCCGGCGUCUUCCGGGCGUGCUGCUGCUGCUACUGCUGCUGCUGGUGCUACCCGCCAGUCGGCCGACCUCCAGCGUCCCAGCAUCAGCCGGCGGUCGAUGGACGUGACGCGCCCCUCGAUGGAGUCAGGCUUCGUUGCUAACGACAUCGACCUGGCCAGCCAAUCCUCCUGGUGGCUCCAGCCCAACGGCCUCCCGCCGCAGCUACACGGCCGCAAAGACAUCUUCUCCGAGUCCGACGAGUCUAGCUCCGCCGACCCCCACAAAGGCGGCAAAACCGUCGUAACCCGCGACAUCUACGUCCUCUUCCAGGACUACUCCCAAACCGUCAUCACUGCCCGCUUCGACCCCCACAACACCGGCGACGUCCAACUCGACCAGCGCCACGAACCACCCCCGCGCGCCCUGCGCCAAGACCAGCUCGAACAAAGCUACGAACGCUUUGGCCGCGCCAUCGGCGACGCCGCCGCCACCAAAAAGGACUCCGUCGUCGGCGACGGCACCCCGCAAGCCCUCAUCUACGAACUCCUCCGCCCCUUCCCCGACGCCCUCGUCCCCGUCGGCUCCCGCGCCUACGGCGCCCUCGUCUACAGCAACCUCGCCAACGCGAGCACCACGCAAAACGAUGAGAUCCGCCCGGGUGAUAUCGUCUCGAUCCGCAACGCCAAGUUCCAGGGUAAACAUGGCGCCAUGCAUGCCAAGUACUCUAUGGAGGUUGGGAAACCGGAUCAUGUGGGUGUCGUGGCGGAGUGGGAUGGGACGAAGAAGAAGGUAAGGGCGUGGGAACAGGGGAGGGAGAGUAAGAAGGUGAAGGUGGAGUCGUUUAAGUUGGAUGAUUUACGGUCGGGGGAGGUCAAGAUUUGGAGGGUUAUGCCGCGGAGUUGGGUCGGGUGGGAGUCCGGGUCUGCUGGGGGUGGUGGUGGUGGUGGUGGAAGUAAUAGUAGUAAUGGGAAUGGUGGGAAGGGGGCAGGUGAUGGGAACUAG